GAUUUGUCAUAUCAAACACGACAUUUUCAUCCUCGAUUUCCGGAUUUUUUUUUUCGAAAUGGUCGAGAAGUCUAAGGAGAUGGGUAGAGGUCAAAAGAAAACACCUUGCGGUUUCUCCACCUCUACACCACGUUUUGCUCGACUAGGCCUUCAUCCAUCUCUGGAUAAAUCUGGUGCCUUGAAAAAGGUAACCAGUAAAGGAGGCCCCGGACAAUACGACGUAAACUUUCUGAGAUGCCCUAUGAAGGAACCCACAGAGUCAAAAUGGGCUCGAAUGGUAGAACUUGAGGAAUUCUCAAAAUUCCUAGGCUUCAGAAAUGCUCCUAUAUUAGAAGCGAGGGCUUUUCAAAGAGUACAUCGAGGACCUGGAACCUACAAUAUUCCGGAAGAUAUCGAUAGGCAAAAAUCUUGUUCUGUAGUCGAGAACAAGGGAUUCACGACCGAGAGAAAGUUCUGCACACAUUUCAAAUACAAUAUUCCUCCAAUGAACACCUACUUUCGGAACAUCUACUCGAAACAUCCAUCCUCGAAGAAAACCUUCGGCAACGUGGCGCGUUUUGAGUGGGACGGACUGCAACAGCGCUUCAAGGAUACAGAGCCAUCGUUUAGGAAGCCUCCGAAUCUGUACAACGUACCAGAUCCAAACUCAUUAGAGGCCCUAAUGAAACGAGUUGUUUCGAUCAGAGGUCCAUACAACCUUUUCACGGGAAAACGCGAUGGCACCUCAAUCAAGAACCAUUUCUCACCUCCCUAUACUAUAGUACCUGACCGAUACCAUCUGGAACCCAGUGACAUUGAUAUAAUGCUCCAUCACCCGAUGAAAUCUAGAUAUGGAAAGUUUUUCCAAGAGGAGAGAUUCCCGAAGAAACCUACAUCGAGAAUGCAAUUGGCAGAUUUGACGAUGUGCUAUAAAGAUCCAGAAGAACCAGGACCUGGCCACUAUGAUUUGUCGAGAGAGUUCAGCUUCAAACAUGAGGAGCAAACGAUUUAUCCAUUUGGAUCGUCAAAUAUGAAUCAACGACCUCCGACCCCGUGGCCCAUUCACCCUGGUCCAGGGAGAUACUACAUCAAGCCACCCUCAUGCAGGAAAAGAAACACACCUUCUUGGAUGUUCCUGAGCAAAUUAGAGAGGAAAUUCUUCAACAAACCGGAAUCUUAUGCCGAUUUUUGAUCUUUGAUGAAUCCGAAUUGAAAUAUAUUUGACGUGGAGAAAGUCA